CCGUUCCUCUACUUGCUCGUCUGCUCGUCUGCACUGUCCUAUCGCAUUACCUAGACUCUACAUCGCUUUGGAAUCCACCCACACACCACUGGUUCAGAACACAAUGGCCCAGAAAAUCCGGGAGGCCGAAGGCCUUUUGCGCGCGGUGCUCAAACCCGGAGAGACCAUCACCCCUGCGGAUGGGGAGAAGAAUGUUCUGAUCACCUCUGCGCUUCCCUAUUGCAAUAACGUACCCCAUCUCGGAAAUGUCAUUGGAAGCACACUCAGUGCCGAUGUCUUCGCUCGCUAUAGCCGCACUCGGAAUCUGAGGACGCUCUAUAUCUGCGGGACCGACGAGUACGGCACCGCUACGGAGACACAAGCUCUCAAGGAGGGCCUCACCCCGAGGCAACUCUGUGACAAGUACAAUGCCACCCACGUCGAGACGUACAAGUGGUUCGAACUCGGCUUUGACUACUUCGGGCGCACUUCUACUCCCCUCCACACCGAGAUUUGUCAAGAGAUCUACCUGAACCUGGCGAAGCAUGACUAUCUAGAGCGCCUGGAGAAGGAGCAGACCUUCUGUGAGAGCUGCAACAAGUUCCUCGCAGAUCGCUUCGUCGAGGGAACAUGUCCCCAUUGCGGUUCCGACGAUGCCCGCGGUGACCAGUGCGAUGUAUGCGGACGGACGUUGGACGCGGUCGACCUGAUCAACCCCCGCUGUCUCGUUGACAAGAAGCACAUGGUCGUGACUCGCACGACCGCGCACAUGUACCUCAAGCUGGAUGCUCUUCAGCCAAGCACGGAAGAGUGGAUAAAGCAGUCGUGGAAGGCGGGCAAAUGGUCACCCAACGCGGUGAUUAACGGAGACGGCGAGCUCAUCGACGCGCGACUAAAAGGCGGUCUGCGGCCGACUCCGGUCACACGAGACCUGUCGUGGGGUGUACCUGUCCCGCAUGUUGACGGAGCGGCCCACGAAGGCAUGGAGAGCAAGGUGCUUUACGUUUGGUUCGAUGCGUGCAUCGGGUACCCGAGUAUCACCGCGAACUACACGCCGGAAUGGAAGAAGUGGUGGUUCGACCAGAAGAACGUUAACCUGUACCAGUUCAUGGGCAAGGACAACGUCUACUUCCACACCAUCUACUUCCCCUCUGUGCAGAUUGGUGAUGGUCGUCCAUGGACUAAGCUCCACCAUCUCUCGACAACUGAAUAUCUGAAUUACGAGGGUGGCAAGUUCUCCAAGAGCCAUAACCGUGGCGUGUUCGGUCCCGCGGCAAAGGAGACUGGUAUCCCUCCGUCGGUUUGGAGGUAUUACCUGAUCUCUACAAGGCCAGAGACCGCCGAUUCCAUGUUCUCAUGGGCUGACCUCAUCGCCGCGAACAACAAUGUGCUUCUGAACAACUUCGGAAACUUCGUAAACCGCGCGUUGAAGUUUGUCGUGUCCCAAUACGACAGCGUCAUCCCCGACGGCGGCGACGCCCCGGGCCCGCUCUCCCCUAACGACGCGCACGACGCCGAGUUCAUCACCGACAUCAACAACCUGCUCAAGGACUACAUCGACGCCAUGGACCACGUCAAGCUCCGGCUCGGCCUGCAGAUCGUCAUGCUCAUCUCCGCGCGCGGCAACCUCUACCUGCAGUCCUCCGGGCUCAACAAGGCGCUCAUGGCCGAGAGCCCGCAGCGCUGCGCGCAGGUCAUCGCGCGCGCCCUCAACCUCAUCUACGUCCUCGCCGCGCUCAUCCACCCGUUCAUGCCCGCGACGGAGGCCCAGCUGCUCGCGCAGCUGAACGCCCCCGCGCGCGCGGUGCCCACUGUGCUCGCGCACGACCUGCUCGCGGGGCACACCGUCGGCACGCCCGAGCACCUCUUCAAGCGCAUCGAGGAGAAGAUGGCGGACGUGUUCCGCGACAAGUUCGGAGGGAACGCCCCCAAAGAGGAUGCGCUCGCGCAGGCGGCGGACGCGACGCAUGUCGUGCCGGGCAUGUCGAAGCGCAAGGCCGCUGCCGCGAAGAAGGCGGCGGACAAGGCCGCGGCUGCGGAGAAGGCGGACGCGCCGAAGUCGGCGGAGGUGCUCGCGUGGGAGCAGAAGGUCGCGGCGCAGGGCGUGGUGGUGCGCGAGCUGAAGGGGAAGCCGAAGACGCCGGAGGUGGAGGCGGAGAUCGUGGCGGCGGUCGAGGAGCUGAAGAAGCUGAAGACGGAGCUGGCUGAGCUGGCGAAGAGCUCGGAGUAGACGCAGGAAGCGUAGAGGAAGAAAUCUAGUAUGUAGCAUUGUACUAUUGCAACACACAAUGUAUAACGCGUUUGCCGUGCUCAACCACGACGAGACGCGAGUGAAC